AUGGGGAAUGACAGCAGCUCCCUCGGGGGUGCAGCAGAUGAAGAGCCGUUGAUACCUUCAGUUGGUCAGAAUACAUCAGGCACCGAUGUAACCUCAACCCCAACGACUCUAGCAGGAAUCUCUGAGACACAAGUAGCAACAACAAAUGUACCAGCUUCAGCCACCAAAUCAAGUCGUAGUUGGAAUUUUUUAGACUGCUGUAAUUGUUUUAGUACAUCAACAAUCACAAACGCUCCAUCCGAGAGUAAAGACAUGUCCACCGAUACAGAAGCUCUAUUCGAGAGGAAAGAAAAAUCUACUGACACGGACUGUUUGAUAAAAACGGAAAAUAUAUCGACAAACACAGAAGCUCUAUUCACGGUGAAAGAAAUAUCUACCGACACUGACUGUUUGAUAAAAAUUGAAACAACAUCAACAGAUACAGAGACUCUACUUGAUAAAAAAGAGAAAAAACUUGACACAGAGAUCUUGAACAAACUUGAACAAGAAGAAAAAGAAAUUACGAGCAAACUAAAUCAACUGAAUAUCAUUCAAAACAACUUUGAAGAAAGAAAAUCAGUUUCGAAAAAGCAGAGGGAAGAACAAUCAAAUAAGCACGUGAGGGCAUUACGUCAUAUUGGUAACAUUCACAGGAGGAGAGCUAAACUUACAGCGAGGAAACUAGAAUAUGUGAAGUCUAUCGCUCUGUAUGAAUGUGCUGAAGUUCACCUUCAAGAAUGUUCAGAUGAUGUUAAGAAACAGGAAUCUGAAAAAAUAAAACGAGAAAGGAAACUUACUUUGCGAGAAUUCUUGAGCGGUAGUACAAAACAGGAAACAUUAAAUGACAAGGUUUUACAGUUUGAGGAGGAUAAUGACACCAACAAAGAUACUCUGCGACAAAUACGAGAAAUUAUGAAAACUAAACUUAGAAAUAUAAACAGAGAGCAUGGUGGAUGUCCCAUUGAUCUAGAUGAGGCACACAAAAAAUUAGAAAAAGAGUACAUAGAACAAGUCAGCGAAAUCUUAAAAUGGAAUCACGGAGAAAUAAAAAAGUUCAUAGAAUCGUUAGUGAACCAGAGUAGAAAAAUGUUUGAAUUUCACAAUGAUGACUUUGCCUUUAUAGCAUUUGGAUCCUUCUCAAGAAAGGAAACAACACCAUUUUCCGACGUAGAAUUCGCAGUUGUCGUAGACACAAAUGACUUUAGCAUAGUUCCCCAGUAUAAAGUACAAUUAAUGAACAUCAUUAUGUGUGUACACAUCAAACUACUUAUGCUCGGUGAAACAAUUCUACCUGCUAUGCACAUUGACUCUCUUAAGGACUGGUAUUACGAUGACCGAACACACGUAUCCGUGAAGCAAGGGGUGUCCUUUGAUGGAUUGAUGCCACAUGCGAAUAAAACGCCCUAUUUUGAAGACCCCCAAUAUGAAUUCUCACUCACAGACACUAAGAAAGCAUUUAUGAGGUACUUCGAGGCCAAUGGAAAUUUGAGCAAAGUACUUUACUUAUAUAAGGGAGAUUUUGAGAUUCUAUAUGGUGAAGAUUCAGUUGCAGAUGAGAUGAAAGACCUUUUUGAAAAAGAUGGGGUGAAACGGAAUAAGAUCAUGGCCGGAAUAAUGAAAGAGUUCAAGGAUGACUUAAUGAAAUAUUCGUGCACUAAGAAGAUCUAUGAUGCCAAGUUUAACGAACACCUGCUAACAGAUAUAGAACUCAGUGUCAAGAAGGAGCUCUACCGUCUCCCGAGUGUGGUUAUCAACAACCUGCUUCAUCUCCUGGGAAGCAAGACAACCUGUAUAUGGGAUGUAAAACAAGUGAAAGGCCUGAGCGAUGAUAACCUACAUAACCUUACAAUGAUCCUAGCGUUAGCUACAGAGUUCAGACUAAGAUGUUACGCCGAGAAUAAUGGCCAAGUGGACGAGGUCAAAGGACAGCUGUUUCCUGAUGUAUUCCUGAAAGAAAAGGGGAAAUCAGAACAGUUCAUCGAGGAUUUGGUAUUGCGCUACUACAUGACAGCUAUUCCCCUAGUCUCUAGUAUCGAGCAACAUAGUCACAAACGAGGGGAAACGGACGUAACUGAAGAACAGAAAGGAAAAGCAUUGCUCAAAGCAGUAGGAACACAACCGCUGUAUGAUGCAUCGCUUCUUAAUCACGCAAUGGCAUAUCUACUGAUUAGAAAACGAGAGAAGGCAAAAGAGUACCUCGGUAAAGCCAAUGCGGAAUAUCUCAAACGAGAAAAACCUGUGGAUCACAACAAGCUUAUUCUACAGAUUCUCUUAAACAUGUACAUCAAGGAUGCGUACAAAAGCAAAGAAUUUUUGAACCUCGGUCCACGCGUCAUUGAUGCAAGUAACAGUGAUGUACUGAACACUCUGGGAAAUGCAUUUAUACAGCGAGGUGAACCAAACGAAGCAGAGAAGGUAUUGAAAGAGUGUGCAAAAAAAUAUGGAACUGACGAGUGUUACACACUACUGACAACAGCUCUAGUCAAAAAUCGUAAGGGUGAAGAACUACAAAAGAUACUAACUGAAAAACCGGAACUACAACUAAGAGAAGAUUUAAAGGAUGGUGUAGAUGCUGUUAUAUCACAGUGGCGGCAGCAGCAGCAGCAGAUUGAUGUAUUGCGGACAUACAAACAAAAGAUAUUACAGAGAAAAGAGUUUGAAAUUGACGACUACGCAAUUACUCACUCCCUGGCUGCUGCGGGUACUACUGGUAUAGUAAUGCUUGUAGCGCCUAUGUAUAUACCGCAAAGCAAUAGAGCAAUCCUCCUUUACGAACGACUCCAACGGAUAAAAAUACUGAAAACGACUGGCGCACCACGUGAAGUGAUAUCAACCCCUGAUGGUCUGAGUGUGGCAAUGCUGUGUGGAAAACAUGCUGGCAUGGGGAAUGUUGGGAGUGUUACUACUGCAGGGUGGGUGCAGGAGUUUGACACAUCGGGUUGCCACAAACGAGACAUACCACUCCCAGAUACAAUCAAACCUGUAGCUAUUGCAGUGAAUAGUAUUGGUCAGAUGGUGAUUGCGGAUGGCAUCAAUGGGUCAUUGGUGUUCAUCAACUGGCAGUCUGGGAAGGUAGAAUACACCACACCAUCUGGAUUGUUCACACCAUCUGGAUUGACCGACCGAGGCUACAAGACAUGCAUAGCGGUGACUAAACAGGAUCACAUCAUAAUAUCUCACCCUAGCACUAAUAGCAUCAGAUGUGUAGACAGUCAUGGUAAGAAAGUGUUCAAUUACAGUGGUAAGGGUGAGAAUGUACUUGAUGGUCCCAGUGGUGUUUGUGUAGACACAUUGGGAUAUAUCCUAGUAGCCAACAAUGCCCAGCGCACAGUGCAGUUACUCUCACCUGAUGGUCAUUUCAUCAGACAAGUACUGUCAGAAAAUGAAUGGCCGAUGUUCCCAUGGUCUCUCGCAAUGGACACAGAUGACAAUCUGCUGGUAGGAACAGGGUAUUAUAAUUUAAGACAAUAUUGUGACGUACUUGUCGUGAAAUAUAAGCCAUAG